CGAAUAGAUGGCUGGCUCUCAAGUCGUCAUCCAACUCUAGUGGAGAUCGCAGUGUCCCAAGUCUGAGACGGAGAAAGAAAGAAAGGAGGAGAAAUGACGGUGUUUCACUUCUUCAACUGCGCGAUUCUGACGUUUGGCCCUCACGCCGUCUACUACUCCGCCACCCCCCUAUCGGAGUACGAUACACUUGGGACCUCUGUCAAAGCAGCUCUUGUUUAUCUGGGAACAGCUUUAGUGAAGCUCGUUUGUCUGGCCACUUUUCUGAAGGUAUCCGACAAUGAAAGCUUCGAUCCAUAUCAGGAAUUUUUGAAAGCUCUGAUUGGUUUUAUAGACGUUGCUGGCCAAAAUAUGAUAUCACUAACAAAGUUUAAAGCAAUAUUUUGCUCUUUCUUUAUCCUUGAGCUUCCUUAUGUUUGACAAUGUUUAUUGUUCAAA